AUGGGAGCGGAGCUGCGCUUGCUGGCUGACCGGAGGCCUGUUUGUGAGCGGGAGGGCAAGCUUCGGCAAUCUUGUCGAUCGAGCGCUUUCGCCGGCGGCCCGCCAACCCGAGCUCACUAUCCCUCACCACCAUCCACCCAAAGAACCCAUCGAUCAAGAUCGCGCUCUUCGUCCUGUUCUUUCAGAGAUUCCUGCUCUCCUUCUUCGACCAUCUCGGCCUCUCCACCCACCGAAUACUGGUCCCGCUCGAAUAUCGCCGACGGCGUCAACGCACUCGCAACUACAGACGAGAUGGUCGUCGUCGGCCUGUUCCAGCUCUACGCUUUGUUCAUUCCUCUUCCCUAUACCCCCUCUUCCUUGACAUCGCUUAUUCUACUCUCUUUCUCCGCUGACCGUAUACCGGGUAUCGCGCGCUCACCAAAGGCUGAGGAAUCAACGGAUAGAAAAUGUAUAGGUUUUUUUCGAACUAUCGGGAUUUUGGAAGGGAUUCACAUAGGGAUGGACAUCCAGUUCCUGGUCGACCAGAUGCGCGCGGGCCGAGUACACCAAGUCGUGGCACGCGAGGCCGCAGGCCGCGAACGCGCUGGGCUUCCCAGUGGCGAUCCCGAGCACGCGCGGAUCCGCGGCCGCGAGGGGGCCGAACGCACCCAGAAGCCGGCCGUAAGAAUGGGCCCAUUCGGGACCCGGUGGACCGAAGUGGGAUGCCAAGCUAGCGGGGAAGGUCCCGAGAGCUCCGAGCGAGCCCGAGCCGGCCUAAGAAGCCGCGUGUCUCUUCUUCCUGUCCCUCCGUUCAAGACAGAUCACUCACACAAGAAAGGCAGAAAGUGGAUGACGCUCGACCCCCUCGACUCGCCAUAUUUCUCCUCGCCGUUCGCCGAGAAUCUCAGCGGCCACCUUCCGCCCCCUUCCGACAUCGACACCCUCUUCCACUCGUCCGCUUCCUCCCGCCAUAUACGCGCCGGCUCCGACGGCUCCGGUAGCGACCUUCCUGACUCGUUGCCCUACAUAUAUAACGCAUCCUCGCCUUCCAGAAAACCGGCUGAGGUGAUCACAAACUCUCGCCUGCCGGGGGGCGCGGCGUGA